CUUCCCCGCCGCGAGCUGCUCCGGCUCAAACUCUCCGUCCAACUUCUCCAGAGCAAAGAUGGAUGACACGGGAUGCGAGUACCGUCAAGCUAGGAUACUCUUUAGCAUCUUGUUCACGGUGGCCCCGGAGGUCGCUCAUGACCCCAAUUUGGGGAAUCGGUCGGUGUUUGUGACGGGAGUGACGCGGAUCACGACUGUCAAUGAUCUUAUCAAGUUGUUUCCACUCAGUACGGACGGUGUGGCGGCAGCUGUCGUCCGUGAUUUCGACACCGGCGAGCGCGCCGGCUUGGUGGUGCUCGCCAACGAGGCCGACUGCGACGAGGCUAUUGCCAGUCCAGUGGUUAAAUGUCUCAAGGCUCGAGAUGUGCUGAUGGCCCACCCAGGGUUGCUUGCUGAUGCGGCAGAGGAUCAUGCUGGAAGGAGUGCUACUGCAGCUCGAAUUCAGUCAUUAAUUCCAGCCGCUUACGUGGAGGAAGACAGUUUGGUCCAUCUGCGCUGCCUGUUUCUGAUCGGGGAGUACAAACUGAAAGAUCUGGAUGAGGAGCUGCUGCUGGCGAAAGUAAGCGUCUGUGCCAUCGUCACGUUCAAGGAGCUUGCCGUCCUUGUGUAUGAAGACGCACUCACUGCCGAAAAGGUGGCCAGGAGCUUGGCAGAGAGCGGCCAAUUUAGGAUCUAUGACUCGACCAUGUUCCCCUUGAGGGACAUGGCUGGAGCAGCUGCCGGCGACCACCAGCUGCGAGGUAUUAUCCCCAGCUGCUUCACCCAGCCAGAGUACUUGGGACGUAUUGUGCUGUUCAAAGGACUGAACACAGAGAACUGGGAUGCUCGCGAUGUCGCCCGCUAUGUCAACAAUGGAAUGGGGGGCCUCGAGGCUUUGAUCCUCCACCGGAGUCAGGACUUGGUUUUUGGUGUGUUCAGUAAUACACGUAAUGCUCGCCUUCAGCUGCGUGAGACAGAAGAGACAUGGAUCAGUAUCUUUGGACUGCCGCUGACCUGUGAGAUCCUGGACGAUGAUGAGCUUUUUGCCCCACAGGAUGAACCUGUCGUCGCGCAGCAUCCCAUGGCGCAGAACGAGCCUUUGGUUGCGCCGGAGGAGGAGGACGAGCAGGAGCUCGUGGCGCAGAACGAGCCUUUGGUUGCGCCGGAUGAGGAGGACGAGCAGGAGCUCGUGGCGCAGAACGAGCCUUUGGUUGCGCCGGAUGAGGAGGGCGAGCAGGAGCUCGUGGUGCAGAACGAGCCUUUCGUUGCGCCGGAUGAGAAGGAGCUCGCCGAGGAGGACGAGCAGGAGCUCGUCCUGCAGAACGAGCCUUUCGUUGCGCCGGAUGAGAAGGAGCUCGCCGAGGAGUACGAGCAGCAGCUCGACAUCCCUGCAUGUAGAAUUAACACACAAGUGCUCCGCCUGUCUACCGAGCUUGUAAAGUCCCGGAUCAACAGGGAUAUUAAGGCCUGUGCACCUGAUGAGGUCGAGAGGAUUGCUGAGGGCCUCAUCGAGUUGACUGUUUUUUCCCAGCCGUUCGCUGUCCGAUACAGCGAUUUCCCGGACAGGGCUGUGCUCCUGCUAGGGAUUCAGCCUGACAGGAGGGAGGAUCAGCUUGGCGCAGCAUUGAGGGCAUACGCUGGGCCUCAUGCCCUCGCUUUCUCUUUUGAGCAAGGUGCCGCUCUGGUUCUUUUCGAGAAGUUGAGCUCGGCCUCCGAGUUUAUGCAGAAUCGCCUCCGGAGCUGCUGGAGCCUUGACGUUGGCAACUGCCAGCGAGUGCCUGGAGCUGAGCGUUCCGCAGAGAUAGCAGACAAGGUAUAUGCAGAGCUGGACCUGUUGUACGAUACGCUUAUGAGAUGCGUGAACUUCGGGCUGUGACCUGUUAGAGUUUCAGCUAUUAUCCGUCCAUUCUCUACCUGUUACAGGAUUGCAGAGGUUGACCCAGAACUCGAUUAGGUGUAGAUUUGAGCUGUGACAUGUUGGAGUUUCAGCUAUCCAACGUCCAUUCUCUACUGUUGUAGUUACAGGAUUGCAGAGGUUCACCAGAACUCUAUUAGGUGUAGAUUUGAGCUGUGACCUGGUAGACCUUCAGCUAUUCUCUGUCCAUUCUAUACUGCUGCAGUUACAGGAUUGCAGAGGUUCACCAGAACUCCAUUAGUUGUAGAUUUUCAUCUUCUUUACCAUCUCUGAAACAAAGUGUACAAUGAUACCGAUACACAUUCUGCUGAUA